GAUCGACCCCCGCGCCCGCGCCCCCGUCGCCGUCGCCGUCGCCGUCGUCGCGCGCGUCGCGUCGUCGUCGUCAAAAUGUUCACCAAGCUGAGCAAGACGCUCACGGAGGCCAUCAACGCGUCGCCGAACGUCGACGAGCUCUCCCGCCGGCUCGGCACCCCGCGCGUCGUCCCGCGCGUCGUCGCCGAGUACGGCGGCGUCCACAGCGCGACGUGCGCGGACUACGACGCGACGCAGCGAUUGCUCGCGCUCGGCGUCGACGUCGGCGUGAAGAUCCUCGGCGGGAACGGCCUCGAGGCGCUCCUCGCGACGACGUCGCACGUCGAGCCCGCGCGAUCGGUCGCGUUCGUCCCCGCCACCGCGCGCGUCGUGCGCCUCUCCGUGGACGGCGGCAUCGACGUGUGGUGCCUCCGCGCGCAGCGGUUGCUCGCCGCGACGCGAUGGCCCGGGCCGGAGGAAGUCGCGUGCGUCUGCGGGAUGCGUCGCACGCCGUUCGUGCUCGUCGGCUUGAGGCGCGUUCUAUCUUACACUGGUCCCCAUACGACCGCCGACGGCCGGCUCGCGACGCUCGCGGUGCAGCCGGGCGCGUCGGACGCGGGAGGCGUGCUCUCGCCGCGCGCUUACGCGGUGUCGCGCGCGGACGCCACGGGCGACGCGCUCGCGACGCCGUCGCCGCUCGUCGCGAUCGCGCCGCAACCGGGCGCGGAGGCGAGCCGCGUCGCGCUGACGUACGAAUGCGGCGACGUCGUCCUCUUCGACCUGCAUCGCCGCCGGCCGGUGGCGACGGCGAGGGCGAGCUCUUCGUCUCGUCCCAUCCGCGCCGCGGAGUGGGUCGGCGCGAGCGGGACGUCCCUCGCGACCGCGCACGACGACGGCGUGGUGACGCUGUGGAAGCUACCGAGCGCGCGCGCGCAUCGACGCCGCGGCGCCAAGCCGUUUGCGAUAUCGGCGACGCGCGCGUGGCGCCCGCACGGCUCGGAAGGCGACGACGACGAGACAGAGUUCGCGCCGUGCCGCGCGAUCCUCGCGCGCGCGAGGGGGGGCGUCGGGGCGCCGUACGCGAAGGACGGGAAGGCGGCGGACGCCGUGAUCGCGGUCAUCGGCGGCGAGCCGUUCGCGUCGCUGGACCCGGUGAGGGUGGCGUCUCUGGCGUUUGAUCGCGACGUCGAGAAUUUCGCGCCGCGCGCGGGGGUCCCGACGGCGUCGCUGCCGUGGUUCGGGCCCGUCGUCGCCGGCGCGCUGGCGCCGCCGUCGGGGAGGCACGACACCGCGGCGAGCGCGGUGAUCUUGUCCGAGGGCGGGCAGCUGCACGUGCACGACGUGCGGGCGUUCGCGGACGGCGUCGGCGACGAAAUUUCAUCAUCAGACGCGGCGGCGGCGGGCGGCGAGAGCCCGCGGGCGGAUCCGUCGCUCACCGGGUUCGGCGACGCGCCGUCGACGCCCACGUCCGCGUCGUCGCUGCCGACGACGGAGGCGCUGGAGCUCCUGCCGAGGAUCGACCCCACGUCGAUCCCGUCCAUCGCGAUCGCGGCGGACGCUUUCGUCGGUCUCUCCCCCGCCGCGAAUCCGGACGACGGCGAGGCGGCGAAACGCAAACGAUGGGGCAGCGCGUGGCCGAUGUCCGGCGGCAGAGAGUUUUUGCGCGGGAACGGCAACGGCGCCGCGACGCGGCACGUCGUCGCCGCGGCGGAGGGCGGCGGCGGCGGCGCCGUGCGCGUCGCCGUCGAAGGCGGGGGCCGCCUGACGCAAAUCGCGACGGCGCGACCCGGGAUCAACGCGGGGAUGUCUCCGAGAGACCGCGCGGUGACGCGGUGCCACGUGGCCCUCGGCGGCGCGCUGCUGUUCAUCGGCCGCGCGUCCGGCGCGGUGGAGGUGCACACCACGCUGCCCGUGCCGGCCGCGAAGGCGAAUCUCGUGCGGCAGCUGGAUUCGUCGUUGGACCUCGCGAUGGCGUCGUCGUCGUCGGACGACGCGUCGGACAACGCUUUGUCGGACAACGCUUUGUCGGACGGGGGCGUGCGGUACAAGCUCGUCGGCGAGCUCGGCGUGCACACCGCGCCGAUCACGUGCAUCGUCACGGACGCGAGGUGCGCGAAACUCGCGGUCGGGGACGCGAGCGGCGACGUCACGGUGACGGACUUGACGCGCGGGGAGAUGAAAUUUCACCUCGGCUUAGGCGCGUUCUAUACACUGGUCCCCAUACGACCCCUGUUCACGCGGAAAGACGGCACCGCGGAGGCGGUGAGCGCGAUGCACUUCUGCCCGCCCGUGGUCGGGCACGAGCCGGUGAACGACCCGUGGCGCAAGCGUCGCGAGAGCGGCGGCGGCGACGUCGGCGGCGACGCGGAGGGCGUCGGCGAUGCGGAAGAGAGCGAGGAAGAGAAGGAGUUGCGGACCGGCGCCGUCUCCGCGGCGGCGGCGUUCGACGCGCGCGCCUCGGACGCGCUCGUCGUCACGUCGUCCACCUCCGGCGUUGGGUUUAUAUGCAACUACGCCAGUCGCUUGAUCGGGAAGGUGGCGCGCCCGAAGAGCGAGUCGCCGUCGCUCGCGGUCGCGCCGUUGACCGCGGGCGGCGUCUGCCCCGGCGGCGACGCGGCGACGACGCCGGCGACGACGUUGUGGUGGGACGCGACGGAUGAAAACGGUCGACCGACGAACGUUACCCCCACUCCGCGCGGGAGUCAGUCGCUCGCGACCGACGGCGGUGACCAACAGCUGAACGCGUACACGGCCUUCGUCGGCGUCGCGAGCUCGACGGCGAUUCGCGUGUACCCCGCGAACGGCGCGGCGAAGGGCGAGCGGCACACGGUGAAAAAAGUCACCCCGGAGGAAUCGCUCGUCGCCGCCGCCGUGGUCGUCCCGCGCGACGCGGAAGCCGAAGCCGAAGCCGAAGCCGAAUCGGCGGACGGAACCCACCGUCCGCGCGUCGCCGCGAUCGCGGCGGCGUCGAGCCACGGACGGCUCAUGACCUGGUCGCUCCCGGGGCUCGUCCCGCUCGCGAUCGUCGGCCCGACGCCGCCGCUCUCCGCGGCGGAUUCGAUCGGGUUUUGCCGCGACGCCGGCGUCGUCCUCGCGCUCGCCGGCGGCGGCGCGUCCGUCGCGAAGCUCGCGCUAUCGCCGCCGUACACGGGCGCGCCGAGCAAGCAGCGAGGCGGCGAGGUGGAGGACAACGAGAGCGGGGUGGUGUUGUACGACGACGACGUCGCCGCGGCGGCGGACGCCGCGGAGGCGGCGCUCUCGGCGCUCGCCGUCGACGCCGCGAACGAAUCCGGCUCCGGCGCCGCCGGCGAAGACUCGGGCGCGGGCGGCGGCGGCGGCGGCGGCGGCGAGAAGAAGAGCGCGAGCGCGGGACGAGCGCUGAGUUUUUUCGAGCGCGCGAAAGCGAAAGCGUCGGACGCGAUGGACAAGGCGAAGGAGAAGAUGGCGGAGCUGUCGCUCCCGGCGGAGGACAAGGAGGACGCGAACCGCGUGUUCACGGAAGCCGACCUCGCGAUGUUGUUCGCGGAGGCGGAGGAGGCGCCGCGGGCGGCGCCGGCGCCGGCGGCGGCGACCGGGGCGAAGAAGGCGCCGUCGUUGCCCCCGAGGGCCGCCGCGGCGGCGGCGGCGGCGACGGCGGCGGCGGCGGCGACGGCGGCGGCGGCGGCGACGAGGGCGAAGCCCGCGGCGAAGACGAAGUCCCCGAAAGCGUCCGCGGCGUCGUCAUAUGACGACGCGAACAGAAGCGAACUGUUCCGAACGUCCUCCGGCGGCGGCGCCGCCUCGACGUCCAAGCCCGUGGGCAAACAGAGCGCGGACGACAUCCGAGCCAAGUACGGCAAAGGAACGAAGGCGACGUCGUCGACGAACAAAACCGCGAGCGGCGUCGCCGCGUCGAUGGAACAGACGCGGAACAAGCUCGCGGAGAGAGGCGAGAAGCUCGAGCGUCUGCAGGAUAAGACCGCGGCGAUGCAAUCGGACGCGGACGACUUCGCGUCGCUCGCGGAGCAGCUCGCGAAGAAGAACAAGUCGUGGUUCUGA